AAGAUCCUGCCUAGCCUAUGUCACGGUCUGGGUCAAGGUCUGAAAGCUAUGAACGUAUAAGCGUGUUGUAUACGGGACGGCAAGAUGGAGAUGAUAAAACGAAAGAUGGUGAUUGUGCCUUUAAUUCAUCGCAUUCACUUGGAACGACGGCCAUGGUCUGCUCGACGCUGGUGGUGGUGACUUUCGUUGUAUCCUUCUUCCUUGUUUCAAUUCCCAACCCUUCCGAGGCAUCGCUCCUGGAUGACCAGCACGUCCUCUUGCUUACAAAAGCUUCGCUACAGGAUCCUCUCGAGCAGCUCAAGGGAUGGACGAACCGAAGCUCCAUUUGCUCGUGGCGAGGCGUGACUUGCGACGAGAGAGAGCUCGCGGUGGUGGGAUUGAAUCUCUCGUCCAUGGGUCUCGGAGGCCGGCUCGACACCUUGCAUCUCCUCGGCAGGCUCGAGAGCCUGACGCUUCUCAAUCUCGAGAACAACAAUCUGCAAGGCUGGAUUCCACCACAAAUCGCCAACCACACCCUCCUGGAAGAGCUCCACCUUGGAGGCAACCCCCUCGCCCCAGCAUCCAUCCCCGAGCAGCUCUGUUGCCUCCAUAGCUUGCGAGUUCUAGAGCUCGACAGCUCCAAUCUUCACGGCUCCAUUCCAGGCUGCUAUGGAAAUUUCACCAGGAUGGAGAAGCUGCUGCUCAAGGAGAACUUCCUCACAGGCCCAAUCCCGGACUCCCUCUCGAGAAUGGAAGCUCUGCAAGAGCUCGACCUUGCCGCCAACACGCUCACUGGGCCCAUUCCACCGUCGCUGGGUAGCCUCCAAAAUCUCCGGAUCCUCUACUUGUGGCAAAACCAGCUCUCCGGAAGAGUUCCACCGCACUUGGGAAACCUCACCAUGCUUGAAUGCUUCGAUGUUGCCAACAACGGCCUCGGAGGGGAGCUUCCACGGGAACUGUCCAACUUGCGAAACCUGAGGGAGUUCCACGUGUUUAAAAACAGCUUCACUGGAGAAUUCCCUCCAUGGAUCGCGGAGCAUCCUUAUCUUGUGGAUAUCGGCCUGACGGUGAAUCAAUUCUACGGUCCCAUCCCGCAGAAUCUCGGAGUUAACAGCAAGCUGCAAGGAAUGGAUCUGGGAACCAACAAGUUCACAGGUGAGAUUCCACCAAACUUGUGCAUGCACAACGAGUUGGUUUACCUGGUUCUUCUUGAAAACGAGCUGUCGGGGCCGAUUCCACGAGGAUUACUCCAGUGUCAAACGUUGAAAAGGCUAAGGUUGGAGAACAACAACCUCACGGGUGACAUCAACUUCGACGCGCCGGCUCUCACCAUAGCGAUAAUCCGCAAGAAUAAUCUGGAUGGCGGCCUGUUUAUAGAAGCGAGGAGUAACAUGUCAGCACUGCAAACGCUGGAUCUACGCUCGAAUCGAAUGAAAGGCGACUUACCAGAGAAGCUGAGCUCGCUCACGGGUUUGCAGAAGCUUCUGUUGGCCGGAAAUCGUUUCUCCGGAAGCAUUCCUCGCAACCUCGGCUUCAAGUUGAAGCAGCUCGAAGUCCUUGAUCUCAGUGACAACAAUCUCGAAGGAGGGAUACCCCUGUCGGUUUCCAGCUGCAGCAACCUGGUCACGCUCAAUCUCAGCAGGAACAGCCUCAGUGGGACGAUUGCUCUUGAGAGGAUGGACAAGCUUAACGCACUGGAUCUCUCGCACAACCAGCUUCACGGUGGAAUACCUCUGGCCAUUGGACGAUCUCCUGCUCUUGAGAACCUUGAUCUCUCGUUCAACAAUCUGUCCGGAGAGGUGCCGGCCUUUUGCAAGAGGAUGGUGACCGACAUCACAGGGAAUCCCAUGCUCUGUUGGCCAGAGCAGUGCAAACUCGAGGAAAAAGACGUGGAGCGGCAAGUACUUCACACCAGGGCCCUGUAUAUCGCGGUAGCAACGAUCUCCACGGUCGCGUUUAUUCUGAUCGUUGGGAGCUGCCUGUCAUUCUGCUGCCCGCCAUACAAAAACCGGGAGCUUGAAAAAAAGAAGUGGGAGAUAAAUUGGUACCAUACCAAGAAAGGGUCCGUGGAAGACGUCUUGGAGUGUGUGGAGAAGGGUGACAAACUCGUAUCUGGCCGAAGAAGCAGUGUUUAUGUAGGGAUGCUGAAGGACCAUGGCAUUCGAGUUGCUGUGAAGAAGCUCCAGGCAACAGAUGAUAGCCGAUGGGAGUUUGACGCUGAGGUUGCAACACUGGGAGCGAUGCGGCACAGAAACGUUGUCAAGCUGCUUGCUUCCUGCACAGACGGAGAAACUUAUCUCUUGGUAUAUGAAUAUAUGCCAAUGGGAAACCUGAGGGGACUCCUUCAUGGUAAGAUGGCGAAGAGCGUCAGCCUUGGGUGGGACAAGCGGAUUGAUAUCAUCUGCGGCAUAGCCGAUGGACUUGCGUACUUGCACCACGACUACGGCCCCAAAGUCGUCCACCGAGACGUCAAGUGUGAGAACAUUCUCUUGGAUGCGGACAUGCAACCCCGACUGGCAGAUUUCGGCCUAGCCAAGCUAUUGAAUUGCAAUAAACCUUGCACUGCUUCCAAGUUCGCUGGAAGUCACGGCUACAUUGCUCCAGAGUAUGCUUACACCCUGAAAGUCGACGAGAAGGCGGACGUGUACAGUUUUGGGAUCGUGAUGUUGGAAGUGGUGACGGGAAAAAUGGCCACAUGGAGAGAUCACAGGAACGAUCUGGACCUGGUGGAAUGGGCCAAGGGAAAAUCAGUGACGGAGCUUGCAGUAGAAGCUGACACGGAGAGCUAUGCAUUGGUGCUGGAGAUAGCUCUAAGCUGCGUAGAGAAGUGUCCGAGCCGGAGGCCUACGAUGGAAAUGGUCGUAGAAAGGCUCAGUGUCGUGAGGAGGAAAGGAAAACUUACAGGUUUAGAGAAGGAUAAGGUGGAUGGAAGCGAAGGAAGUGCUGAAAAACUUGAAGCUGGCAUCGAAGACUGUCAAGAUGGGAGAAAUGCCGGAGUACAGUCGAAAACUGUGACACUACCAUCGUAUUCCUUUCCUUAGUGCCCCUCGCCUAGUGUCAGUUCAAGAGACUCUGUAAAGACUAAAACUCAAGGAGAUGACGACUGAAGACUAGAAAAGCAAAUUUCCUUACACUGUGUGGGCCUCUUAGUAAUUUCGAUUCUGUCCAUUAUUGUGUGAGACUGCUGCUAUUGCGGCCAAAGAAGAUAUAUUCAUGCACUCA